AUGCCUAAAACUGAGGAACACGCGCAGUGGCUCGACAAUUAUUUCAAUGAUAACAAUGCCAAUGGAGAUCUAGAUUUGACAAGCAAAGAGAUUGCAGAAUUAUGCAAUACCGAGCUUGGCACGGAGGCUUGGACGAAGGGACCAUCGCCAGAAAAUCGGCGAAUAAUGACCAAUGGCGUUGACGCGCAGAUUGUAGGACGGCAUAUGAAGGAGCUCAAGAAAAAAGCAGCUGGAAAGCCGCGAGCCACACGUCGUACUCAAGGCGCGAUUGAUAGGAUCAAUAGAGUCCUUGCGUGCAGAGGCGGACGUCUAUGGACAGGCGACAGGAUGCUCCUGGCGAUGUUGAACGAAACAAAACCGGAAAACAUCAAAAAUUUUGUUGAAGAAAAGGCCAGAAAAGAAGGCAAGAGGGCAAAAGAAGCUGGCGGACAAGUACUCCUAGAUUGGGGGGCUCGAAAACGCUCGAUGGUAGCCUCAAACAAAUAUGCUAACAAGAUGUGGGCAGAGUAUAACAAACCUGGAAAGAAGGACGAGUAUCUGCAGAAGCUAGCAAAUGGCCUGAUCAGUCUCGAGACAGGCGAAGUCAUUAAAGAACAUUCGACUAAUCACCCAGGCUCAUCUUUAAAUCCGGCCAAUGGAUACACACCCAGCACGAAUGAUGGGGACGGUGACGACGAAGCUGUCGAUGCAGAUGCUAGCGAGGAUGUUGUAGACGACGACUAUCCAAUGGAUAAUGAAAUCGGAAACGAAUAUGAGUCUCAGACUGAAUACAACUCCGUGGUUGAUUCAUCCGAGCAUUCUGAUCACAUCAAUGAUCGUCCUCAAUCCCAGAUGCAAGUCGAUGAUGAUAUCAACAAUGAGAAAUUGAACUUGGCUGAUGGCAAUGCUGAGAACUCUGGGUCGCAAAUGGGUUUCGAACAAAAUUACUGCGAUACAAAUAGACCCUUUAGCAAACACUCAGUGUUCUAUAAUGCAGAAACCGGCGUCCCUAAUCCGAGCACAAACCUUUUCGAGUAUGGGGCCUCCAACAUCCAGGUGAUGACGCAAGACAAGGGUCCUAUGGUGGCAUCCAUGCAGCCAUACAGGGACAACGCCCACUCAAGACGCAUGCACAUGGGCUUUCGACCAAGUCUUCAGGUUCAUUCAAGCAGAUACACCGGCGAACCUGUGAGACAAAGACAAAAUGAAAGAUUUCAUGCUUGCACUCGCGAGGAACAAGACAUGAGAGCCUGUCAAAUAGGCUAUCAAGUCCAUGAGAACCAACACAGAUAUCAGAACGCGUCUCAAAUGUUAUCUGAUGCCCAGUUCAAGAAGAGAGAACAACCUCUGUUUGAGCAGGGGGUGUUUGACGUCAGACCAGUGAAGAGACAAUGCCAGCCUGGAGAAUUGUUCGAGCCAGAAAGACAGCUCGAGUCUGAGCAGCAUUUCUCACUUGAAUAUCACUACAAUGGGCUCUACGUCGAAGAGAGUGAUGUCGAAGAAAGUCUUGAGCCAAAUUUGAACAUUGGAAUCGACUUCAACAGAAUCGCCGAUAGCAUGAUCAUUGAAGAGACUAUGGCAUUCCAAGAACGUGAUAUGCAUGCACUUGCUGCGUCUAUUGUGAGACCUCGCAAUCAUGAAGAUGUCGAUCAAGAAAGAGAGACCGGCCUCUGGAGCAUCGUCGCGCACCCCGAAAGCGGGCUUCGAACAGCACACUUCCUCGGUAGGGAGAGUCAAAAAAGUGGUCGUUUGGGUCGUCGGUCUUGCGAUGAGCCUGAGAAUGCAAUCGUCAUCCAAGAAGAUUGCCAAGAGGUCGAAACUGUUGAGCGAAGCCAAGGCACAACAUGUAAUCGAAUAAGUGUUGACGAGAGACAGUCUGCGAAGGAAGAAGAACAGCCUGGUCAUUUCGAGGAUGUCUCGAGUCCUAAAGGUUAUGCCAACAUUUGGUGUUCUCAUGGUAGAACAUGUGAACAGCCAAGUGAAAGUCCUUGGCAGGCUUCCCACCAUUUCGAUGGCAUUUCAACUACCAUUUCUAUGCGACCAACACGAAGAAAGUCCUAG